CCAGAGAGAAUUGUUGGAAGCAUGUAUGGUCGUAAAAGUGAUAUAUGGAGCUUGGGAUUAGUAGUGCUCGAAUGUGCAACAGGAAAGUUUCCUUAUGCACCUCAAAAUCAAAAGAGAAGAUGGACCAGUGUUUACGAGUUGAUGAAUGCCAUCGUUGACCAACCGCCACCUGCUCUUCCUUCAGGAAGUUUCUCCCUUGAGUUAUCUUCAUUCAUCUCCGCAUGGAACAUCCUUUUUUGAACAAAUACGACUACUCGGGGAUCAAUCUGGCGUCUUACUUCACAGAUGCAGGAUCGCCGCUUGCAACACGUGGGAAUCUAUCUGCUUAUGGGAUUGACAAGCCACACCCUCCAUAUCGCCNACGAUGAGGUUUGGAGGCUGGAGGGAAUCCCCAAAUAUGGGGUUGAAGCAUCGCGUUUGGCGGAAGAAGGGAUCCAUACUGUCCAAGAGCUUCGCCGUUGUAUUGCGAUGAAUCCGGACGCCUUCCACCGGAUAUUAGGAGCAUUGGUGUCCAAGAAAACAUUGGACACGAUUGUAUCCCACGCAAUGAGUUGCCAUGAGGACGGGAAAAAGUAUUAUGCAUACAAAGUGCAAGCUCAGGGAGCCUUUUUUCUCUUCAAUGACUUUUACGAAUUAGAAGAAGUUUCAUUCGAUGGGGUCACUACACUAAACUCCAAUGAGUUGACCUUUAAACAAAAGGAACUUAUUGACAAACUGAAGCUUGACGCUUAUGAAAACGUAACUAGAUUCACCGAGGUGGAUAAACAGAUCUUUGAGCAUAAUCCACGAGAUUCCGUAAGUGAGUCCUCUGAUAAAAGUAACGUUUUGCCUCCAGACACAUCACGUGAGUCUGAGUGUGAUGUCUUCAUCUCAUACAAUGAAAAGGACGUAAGCAGCAGUUUCAUUAGCCAUCUUCAUGCUUCCCUCUGCCAGAAAGAGAUUUCAGUCUUUGACAAAUUUGAUGUAGUUCCAGAAUAUAGAGUUAUGAUCGAAUUCAUAAGAAGCGGUGAUGUCUCUUCUAAAUACUCAAUAUUUUUGAAUAGAAAGGAACGAGGCGUUUCUCAGAUGUGGUACAGACUAUCACAAUCUUCAAUCGGUAACAAGACGAAUCUUGAGAGAUAUUCCCUCCAAAACAAGCGAAUGUGGUCAAUAUGUGAUGUUUUAAAGGAAGCGCCUGACUACAUAUUGACAAAAGAAUCUGAGUCCGAACUUAUAGGUGAGAUUGUUAGAGAUGCUUUGAAGGAGCUAUGUUCCAGUGAUAAGGACAAAAUGAUUGGGAUUGAUGCACAACUUGAUGAGAUCCUGUCGCUACUAUGCAUCGAGUCCACAGAUGUUCGCAAAAUAGGUAUAUGGGGUACAGCUGGUAUGGGAAAGACGACCAUUGCUGAAAAAGUCUUUCGCCGAAUCUCUGUCCACUACAAGUCUUGCGUCUUCCUGAAGGACAUUCAUGAACAAGUAUAAGAAAAUGGGCAGGUUACAGUUAGAGAGAAAUUUUUGUCUAAACUCUUAGAGGUCGAACCAUCUCUGAUGCGGAAUUCCGACAUUAACACAUGUUUCUUGAGGAGUAGGCUUCAGUGUAAGAGGGUUCUCUUAUUCCUA